UCGGGGGGAGAAAAAAAAGAAAAAGGGAGAGAAACGGAGAAAGAGAGAGAUCUGGGCUGUAGUUUGACCAGGUCUGAACACGGGAUCGGGAGCACACUUUAGUCCACGGAUUGUUCCUUUUCUGGCCGCAGCACACGGAUAUUUUGGAUGACUAAAUAGGAGUGCGCUGCAACAGUGGCAAUCAACCGGGAUCGUGAAUUCCGGCAGGAUUUUUCUGUGGAAUUAAUUCGCGGAGGAGCUUCAUUCAUGUCUCUAGUACCGCUAUAGUGUGGAUCUGAAUGUGUUUCAAAGUCCGAACCAUUUAAGAACGUGCAAAUUAUUUUUCGAUAUAUGUUAGCCUAUAUCUUUCCGUGAUUUUUAGCCAGAACGUCACUUUAGUCAGUAUUGUCUCUAACCUAAAUUAUGCGUAAUAUACACAUAUUUCCUAUCACGUAAACUAGUAAAUAGAACAUAGGUAAACUUUUUUUUAAGUAGUUGCAUUUUGCAUAGCGUCUUUCUUUAACUUGACGGCAUUCACAGUUGAAUGCAUUUUGAUUUCUGUUGAGCCUUGCUUUUAUUUUACGCAUUGUAUUUUAAUGCUACAUAACAUUGUGCCUUCUAAACUAAUGUUGUGGUUUUGCCACCGACAUACAGUGCUCGGCUGUGCAUAUAUUGCACAGCAAUCAGCAAACAUUAAUGUUGUACGAUCUCAGAAACAGUUUUAAAACGCGGAGAGCUGAACAAAAAUAAAAGCACAUCUAGAUUUUUAAAUUGUCGUAUGUUCAGGACGAAACGCUCAGGUCUUGUGCGGCGACUCUGGAGAAGCCGUUUGAUUCCAGAUAAAGAGGGGGGCGAUGGAAAUGGCAAAAGUAGCGAGGGGUCUCCGGACGAUCUUUUUGGUAACAACCCAGAAAAAAUUCCCAAGACGGAACUCGGACCGAUGACCCCAAGCGGGUCACUUGGCGUGGACUAUGGGGGAGUGUGUGCCAGGAAUCCCAGUGAGAUCGGCGGCUCCGGGGUCACUUUGGACCAAGAUGGGGGUGCAGUGUGUGUUCUGGAUCAGGGAAGCCCUCGGUCCUUGCAGGACAGCGAUUGUAGGACAGUCACUUGCUGUUUAUUUAAAGAUCGGGACCAUUCUGGAUCCAGGACCCCCCAGGCUGCUCAGGGUAAGGAACCGAGUUCGUGUCAGUUCGUGCUGAGGAACCUUGGAUCUCGGGACAACGGUUCUCCUGAGAGUCAAGAGGCGAAGCCUCGCUCCGUAAUGGAGCAGGAACUCAAGACCGCCACCUACUCGCUAUUAAAAAGGCUAAAAGAGAAAACAUUGGAUACUCUGUUGGAAGCCGUGGAGUCCAAAGGGGGAAUGCCAAGCGACUGUGUAAUGGUAUCGCGGACCGAGCUGCGGUUAGGCGGCCACAUGGCUCCCCCUCAGCUGCUAAUCUGUAAGCUUUACCGGUGGUCUGACCUGCAGCACACGGCCCAGCUCAAACCGCUCUGUGAGUGCAAGAGCUUCGGGACACAGGAUGGCCCCGUGGUGUGCUGCAACCCAUAUCAUUACAGUCGUCUCUGUGGGCCAGAGUCGCCCCCUCCUCCAUACUCAAGGCUUUCCCCUAGCGAUGAACACAAGCCACUGGAUCUGUCAGAUUCCACACUGUCUUACACUGAAAUGGAGGCUGCCAGCUCGCCAAACGUCACCCAAGGGGAAUUCUCAGACGCCAGUCUGUCGCCGGACGCCCCUAAGCAGAUGCACUGGUGCAGCGUGGCGUACUGGGAGCACCGCACGCGGGUGGGCCGCCUCUACCCGGUGUAUGAGCCCUUCGUCAGCAUCUUCUACGACCUACCUCAAGGCACGGGGCUGUGCCUGGGCCAGCUGGGCGGCGACCGGCGCGGGGGCUCGGCGCAGCGCACGCGCGGCAAGAUCGGCUACGGCCUGCUGCUGAGCCGCGAGGCCGACGGCGUGUGGGCCUACAACCGUAGCCAGAGUCCAAUCUUCGUCAACUCGCCCACGCUGGAGGCCCCUGGGGGCCGUGCCCUGGUUGUGCGCAAGGUCAUGCCCGGCUACUCCAUCAAGGUGUUCGACUACGAGCGCUCGGCGCAGCUGCGGCACCAGGCCGAGCCUGGCUUCCUGGACGGGCCCUACGACCCCAACAGCGUCAGAAUCAGCUUCGCCAAAGGCUGGGGACCCUGCUAUUCACGCCAGUUCAUCACCUCCUGCCCCUGCUGGCUGGAAGUCCUCCUCAACAACCACAGAUAACACAAACACACACGCAGGUGCGCGCACAGGUGGACGGAUGGACGGAUGGA